AUGUCAGUAAAGUAUGAAGUGAUCAAAAUUCAGAAUAUUCGUCUUGUGUUUGAUCCGGAAAGCAAGCCCGCCGCGGCUUCCAAUUGGUGGAUAAGCCAAGCCAAUGCUCCAUCUGCAAUCAAAAAAGCCCGCCGUUGCAAGUCACAAGACGCGAUUGUCUGGUGGUGCACCAUGAGCAAGCGCUCAUUCGAUGAGACCAGGGAUAGCCAGGCACCCGAAAGUGGUCACAAUGGCUUGCCCAUCCAUGACUUGCUGUCGCCCGACGACGGGGAGCCAACGCCGACAGGUCCAGCCGGCAAGAAGCCUCGGAACUUCAUCGCCACCGUGGCCUGUGAGACUUGUCGCCUGAAGAAGACAAGAUGCGACGAAUCGCGACCGAAGUGUGGCUUGUGCAAGUCGCUCGGCCUAGACUGUGUCUAUAAUGAGCGCAAAACAUCCAAACGGGAUCAGUCUCUCACUAUGAUCAUGAGCACACUGCAUCGAAUGGAGACCAAGUUGGAAAACAUCCCCUCUUCGAUCCUAAGUGAUCUCCACUCCAUUCGAGGCCAGAUGCAGCAUGCAAGUCUCACCGACAAUUCACUCGACCAUUUGUCACCAGCCAUCGGGAAUGGUGGCCGACCUACAACGACGCCGGGUUCUACCUUUACCCCCGCUGCGCCGGACAAUGACGACUUUGACUGGGAGAACCAACAGCCCGCCCCAGACGCGACGGGCCGCAUCUCUAUUUCGUUCAGCCAGCACGGUGUGAUCGUGUGGCCUGGAGCGCGGCAGAUAUUACCGGAGUCUUUGCUUUCCGCCUACAAAGAACUGGGAAAGAACUAUGUGAUUGAACUGGAGUCGACACGGGCACCCCUGCCCAUGUUCACUAGCCCAUUUCCCCUACAUGCCAGCGAGCAUUGGCUGGAAGCAUUGCCCUUAGCAAUGAUCAAAGGCCUGGCAGAUGCUUUCUUUGGCGUAUUCAACCCAUUUACCCCGAUCAUGGACAAGAGCUUUUUCUUCUCGUUCACCCUUGGCUCGGCGAUUGAGAGCGGCUUUGGCCAUACGCUGGAGAGCUGUAUUGUCCUCAGUGUUAUGGCCCUGGGCUGCGUGGCUGUGCUUGCAUAUCAGGAAGGCAACUAUCCGCUACCUGGAUCCCAGAGUCAUAACUUUGAGCACCCGGAGUGGAUGAAUGUGGUGUAUGAAGAGCAGCCUGGCCUGCGGUUCUUCAACGAGGCUCGUCGGCGCAUUGGCUUCUUGAUGUGUGACAACGACAUUCAAAGCUGCCAGUUUUACCUUCUCUCUUCGGUCUAUUACAGCCAGAUACUGCGUCCAAUGGACUCCUGGGCAAUGAUACACCGUGCCGCAACGUGCUGUCUAUCAAUGUUAACAAAUCAUGAGGUGAACUUCGACGAGUGGGAAGGUGACAUGAAAUCCCGUGUAUACUGGAACUGUCUGAUGAACGAGACCAUUCUCGUACAAGAGCUGCAUCUUCCACCAAGUGGCAUCUCACGACUCGAAGAGCAGAUUCCAAUUCCCAAGUUCAUUGGCUUUGAUACCACUGGCUACGUGCCAAUCAGAUUUCCAUCGUCAACGACGGUCGACGAUUCAUACUUCCAAUACCACUUCCUCGCGCAGGUAGCACACCGCAUUAUUCUCACUCGCAUCCGUCACUCUCUAUACUUCUAUUCCGACUCGGGAUCAAUUCCCCUGCCAGCCGUAAAUGUCGAACUCCACCAUCAGCUCGAACAAUGGCGUACGAAUCUCCCAGCCGCAAUUAAAUUUCCCGACUUAACAAACUCGCUCUCACACUCCACCCCCGGCGACCUUUCUCUACACCCGUCACCAAAAACGCCUGCAUCCCCUCAUCCGUCGCCACGGCCAGAUGAUAAGCGCCGCCCCCUGUCCCCAGCAGUAGCAGUAACAGACGCAAUGCUCCAUGGCCGACAUAUGAUCGCCCAAUUCCACAUCGGUCGUCCAUACCUGUACAAAGCACUUCGGAUCCCCGAAAAACUCACCGACGACGAUCUGGAGCAGAUCAAAAGCGGACUGCGGAAUGCAAUGGAUUGGCCUGUUAUCCAAGGCAUAUUCCAAGAUAUGAAGAGUUGCAUUCCGAUUAAGUUUGCUUUUUGUUCGCAAUUCUUUGGUCAAGUUCUUAUCUUUUAUUGCAUUGCGCACUCGCCCAGUUAUCGUGUCCGCCAGACUCUUCCACAGGGUUGGGAGCGCUGGAACCAGGAAAUGAUGAACUUUUUGAAGGACUGUGCGCCUCACAGCCCUGCAGUUACGCAAGAUCUGGAACUCUUGCGCUUAUUGUGGCCAAACCACGAAUAA